AUGCCGGGGCUGGUGGACAGGGAGGGGCCUGAGGGACAAAGCCUGGCCCCACCGCUGUACCAGGAGUACCAGCCACCCCCACUGGACACCAUCCACCUGCCCCGGGACGUGCUGUACCUGCUGCUGGCUGGGCUGCUGGUGGUGGCCGUGGCCUACGCCAUUGUUGGUCACCUCAUCAAGGACCUGGCCCACGACCUGGCAGAUUGGGCCUUCGGGCCGAAGCCCGACCAGGAAGCCACCCCCCAGGAGUCUUGCCCAAGCCUGGCUGGUGAGGACCUGGAGGGGCUGGACCUUCGACUGGCCCUGGCCUGGCAGGAAGAGGACGACGCGGGGGUCCCCCAGGAAACCCCUGCCCCGGGCCCUCCCGGCCCCUCCAUCACCUUCAAGGAGCCACCGGUCCGGGCCGCAGCAGUUUCUGGAAGCUAG